GAAUGGCUGUCGAAAACAUGAGACGUGUUUUCCUGUUAUUGAUGUGUUUUGUGCAAAUAUUCGCCCAAUUUCAGCCCAUUGUUAUAAUACAGCCUUUGAAACCCGUGGGAAUAAGAAUAUCUGUUCAUGAACUGGACCCGUAUAUAAAAGAGUUUUCUGUGACGAUGAAUAUUAAAAAUCCAAUCGUUUCGUCAAACGCACAUAAGAACCCAGAGAAGUACUAUUUUGCGAGACUUGCCAACGACUCUCAGGGAAGAUGGACAUAUGAAGCAAGUGACUUGGCGCUGCAGCGUGGUAACAUCCUAGAAUACACUUUUAAUUACAUCUAUAGAAGUGAGCACAUCAGUUCGGAUUAUAUCCAUAAGCUUAUCGUAGAAGAUCUCGUCGACCCGGGUACAGAAGCCCAGCUUCCAGCGUGCAGGUACACCCCUACAGUAGUCCGCGGCUCCAAGGUCUGUGGAGGUCAAAUCAUCUUCGAAGACAACUUCGACAGCCUACGAGAGGAUCUAUGGAAGCUGGAACAGUACAUCUCGGAUGAUGACUUUGCAUUUGUGUCGUACCAACACCCACCAAAUGCCCCCACCAUAUCAGUGGCAGGCGGACAACUCAAGAUCGAGCCGAAGCUGCAACAGACUCUACCCUCGUUCAACAGCACAUCCAUCACGUCAGGGACUCUGGACCUUACUGAUGGCUGCACCGCGUCAUACUCCAAGUGUAUAAGGGAAGCUUCCGACAUCGAAAUCUUGCCACCAGUAGCCAGUGGUCGGAUGACAGCAAAACUGGCAUUCACGUACGGCGUUGUUGAAAUAAGGGCCAAGCUGCCGCAGGGGGAUUGGCUAUACCCAGACCUUCUCCUGCAAUCGGUAUACGAGAAGUACGGAGUAUUGAACUACGCGUCAGGUGUGGUGAGGGUCGCCGGUGCGGUCGGCAACAUGGAGCUGAUGAGAGGAAUAAGAAGAAUGGGCAAUACUCUUUUGUACGGAGGGCCCAUGCUACAUAACGCGUGUCGUAAAUUUUUAUUGGAUCACAAAUAUGGAGAGGAACCUUGGGGAAAUGAUUUCCAUGUCUACUCGAUUCGUUGGGCACCAGAUAGUAUCGAGUUGUACGUGGACGGUACCAUAUGGGGCAGAGCCACCCCCGGCACGAUCGGUUUCGCGGAGCUGUUUCCUAAGCACUGCCAUCUGCCACCCAACAUGUCCGCCACUGGAGCCAGGAUAGCGCCUUUCGAUGAAUUAUUCACCAUAACCCUGGGCAUUGCUGCGGGUGGUAACCUGGAGUUCGAUGACAACACCAGUAACGGUGACGAAGGAAAACCCUGGAGGAACUCGGAGAGGAAGGCCAGCCUGUACUUCUGGCAGGACGUGCUGAGCUGGUGGCCGCGCUGGACCCAGCCCGCCAUGGUGGUGGAUUAUGUCAAAGUGUAUGCCCUGCCAUACACGUAUAUAGUAAUUAUAAACAAUAAUAUAUUUUGUUAUCAUUCUGCAAUAACAUUUAAAACGAAGAUGAUUGUCACCAAAACCGGUCUAGUUUGGCUUGUUUUCUGUUUGUGUCGAGCUGUUGGUGGUGAGUCUGAAGAAUGGCCAGUUGUUAUUCAGGCCUUAAAACCCACAGGGAUUCGGAUGUUAUUUCCAGAUAUCCCUGGAGCGAACGUAUACGUAUUCCAAGGCAAUAUCAACCGAUACAUUAACGACUACGCCUACAGCACCGGUGAGAUCAGCGCCAAUAUAGUCGUGACAGAUGACAGGGUGUACGAAAACCUGGAGGUUGCGCUGAAACCAGGGGACGUGGUGUACUACUACUACUACUAUAUCAAGGACCUAGAUGGGGUAUUCCAUAAGGUGGAGGACCAGAGCUUUACAGUUAAAGAGCUAGUCGAUCCAGACACGGACAUUGAACAGAUGACGGAGACCUGCCUGGGCUCGCCUACGCAGGUGCCCGACGCCAAGGUCUGCAGCAACCGCAUCAUCUUCGAAGACAACUUCGACCAGCUACGGCAAGAUGCGUGGACAUUGGAGCAGUAUAUCCCAGCUGAACCUGACUACACAUUUGUGUCUUACCAACACGACCCAAGAGUUCGCACCAUCACAAGUUCCAACGGUAUGUUGACAAUCCAUCCUCUACUACUGGGGGCUAUACCACGCUACAACUCCGUGGACAGCGUCUAUACAGCCUACCUCAACCUGACCGACGGAUGCACCUCAAAUUUAAAAGCCGAAUGCGAGAUGCAGCCGUCCGGUGCUAGCAUUCUUCCUCCGUUGGUCAGCGGCAGAAUGACUAGCAAGUUUGCCUUCAAGUACGGAACUGUCAAGAUAAGAGCCAAACUGCCGAAGGGGGAUUGGUUGUAUCCAGAUAUCCUACUCCAAUCAAUACACGUAAAGCACGACGCGAGUUAUUUUGACACUGGAGUUGUGAGGAUAGCGGGGGCGCGGGGCAACUCAGUGUUGAAGGGGGAAGACGUGGAAUAUGGAAAUAAGGUGUUGUACGGAGGCAUAAUGCUAGAUAGAGCCUGUCGCGGUCACCUGAUGAACCGAACGCUGUCGAACAAGGCUUGGGGGGACGACUUCCACGUCUACUCCAUCAGAUGGGCACCGGAGAGCAUAACGUUUUUCGUGGACGGUGAGGAGUGGCACCGAGUGCAGCCCACGAGCGGCACGGCCAAUCUCAGAGAGGCAUUCCUGAGCGUGUGCCAACUGCCCACAAAUGGCACAUCCAAAAUGGCGCCCUUCGAUGAUUACUUCAGGUUAACCCUAGGCGUGGCAGCAGGGGGAGUCUUAGAGUUUGAAGACAAUCUAGUCUCCAAGGACGGAGUUAAGAAACCCUGGAAGAAUGCCGGUCGGAAGGCACUCUUCCACUUCUGGCAGAGCCAGCAAAGUUGGUGGCCGAGUUGGUUGCAGGAGAAAGCCAUGGUCGUGGACUACGAGACGCGCUGGAAGGGCUCGAAAUCCAGGGACAUAGGACAAGGGUAUCAACUGGUCUACUAUGGUACAAACAACAAACAAAAUGGCGUCGGAGUUAUACUUGAUAAUUACUUUAAGAACAGGAUAGUCCACGUAGAAAGGAAAACAGACCGUAUCUUAGGUGACCUAAAUGGACAUGUGGGCAAAUCCAGUAAGGCCUACAAUCGUAUCCACGGUGGCCACGGAUACGGCGAUGAAAAUAAAGAAGGCAAAUACAUCCUAGAAUUUUGCUCCCGACAUAAUCUCAACCUCAUAAAUACUUACUUCCAAAAGAAAUCCGAACAUCUUAUUACCUACAAAAGUGGAGGAAAAUCAUCACAAAUUGAUUUUAUAGUGGCCGAUGACAAUUUAAGAAGCAGGUUUAAAGACUGCAAAGUUAUUCCAGGAGAAUCUUUACUGCUCAACACAGAAUUUUGGUUGGUGUCUACAGCUUGCCAAAGCCCACAAAGAAAACUGUCGAUAGAACACCUAAAAUUAAGUGGAAGGAACUAA